AGCAUCAGCCUGGGAUGGAGGGCGCGGGCAGCGGCUGGGCGGCCGAACUCACCUCCCCCUGCGCGACGCUGCAGGACACGAGUGGGAACGACACGGCGCGGGUGUUCGAGGUGGCGCUGCGGAACGGCUCCUCCGGGCGCAGCCCUCAGUUUGUGGGCGUGGAGCUGCUGCAGUCCUUCAAGCUGCUCAUCAUCCCGUGCUACACGCUGGUGGCCCUGGUGGGCGUGUUCGGGAACUACCUGCUCCUCUACGUCAUCUGCUGCACGCGCAAGAUGCACAACGUCACCAACUUCUUCAUCGGGAACCUGGCCUUCUCCGACAUGCUGAUGUGCGCCACGUGUGUCCCCUUCACGCUGGCCUACGCCUUCAACCCACACGGCUGGGUGUUUGGGCGUUUCAUGUGCUACCUGGUUUACCUCAUCCAGCCCGUGACGGUGUACGUGUCCGUCUUCACUCUCACCGCCAUCGGUGUUGACAGAUACUACGCCACGGUUCACCCGCUGAAAAAGCGCCUCUCGGUCUUGGCGUGCGCGUACCUUCUGUCCGGGGUCUGGCUGCUGUCCUGCAGCCUCGUGGCUCCGGCGGUGGCUCACACCUACCACGUGGAGUUUAAGAACGAGGGCUUCACCAUCUGCGAGGAGUUCUGGAUGGGCCAGGAGCGGCAGAGGCUGGCGUACGCGUACAGCACGCUGCUCAUCACCUACGUGCUGCCGCUGUCCGCGCUCUCCAUCUCGUACCUGUGCAUCUCCGUCAAACUGCGCAACUGCGUCGUGCCGGGCCACCACACGCAGAGCCAGGCCGAGGCGCAGCGCAUGCGCAAGCGCAAGACCUUCCGCCUGGUGAGCCUGGUGGUGGCGGCGUUUGGCGUCUGCUGGCUGCCCAUCAGCGUCUUCAACGUCCUGCGGGACAUCGACAUCGACCUGAUCGACAAGCGCUACUUCCUGCUCAUCCAGCUGCUCUGCCACCUGUGCGCGAUGAGCUCGUCGUGCUGCAACCCUUUCCUCUACGCCUGGCUGCACGACCGCUUCCGGGCCGAGCUCCGCAAGAUCUUCACGUGCCGCCGUCGCAUCGGCAUCUCGGCCAAUAACUGUGCCACGGCCAGCGUGGUUUUGUAGAAGCUCCGGAGUUUCUUUGGAGAGACUCUUGUGAGGAAAACAAACACACUUUGGUAGACAGACGUCUUGGGUUAAGCCUGUGUUUCUCUGUAUAGUUGUGUUUCCACCGUUCAUCUGAGGACCUCACCUUGCUGCACACAGGACAUUAUUUUUUUAUGCGCCCAUGAAAGGUUUAUCUUACUGCAUAUUCUACUCAUUCAUCAGUUUGAUGGGAUAAAAACCUUCAUGAUGCUGAUAGUUUUGCUUGACAGAGCCCAUUCUCUGAAGGACGUGGCAAACAAAGACCAAACAGAGGCAGAACAAAAGAAUAAAAGAACCUGGAUGAGUUCUUCAAGCCCACAGUGAACUCAAGACGCAAUCACCGUGCAAAUGAAAGGUCCUGCUGCUGCUGCGGAGACAGAAAACGCCGGUAAAAACUAUUUUACAACUCUGCUCCACACGCCCUGUGAUUGUUUUAUUGUCGUUUCUUGUUUAAUAAAAAGAACAUCCAGGCAUCUAGAGAUUAUUAACAAACACAAUUGGCCGUCACAUACCUGGAAGGAAGUGUGUCGCAGGAGACAGUGACAGGAAAACUGAACCCUAAUGACUUCACACAUGUUUAAAACUCGACGGUUCCUUCAUUCAUCGUUCUAAAACUGUGUCCGUCAUUCUCUCAUGAGUUCCACUGUGAUUACAAACGACUGCCAGCUGUGACAAUUAUCUCACCUGUUACUGCUUUCAUGAGCCACUGCCACGCCUCCACCUCUAAUGCAGCUGACCACGCCCCAUUUUCUUUUUUACCUCAGGGGCCAAUCGUUGAUGUCGGUGAAGGAACUCUUUUCUUUGGAUAUAAAUAUAUAUAAUACAUAUGAAAAAGUGUCAAAUGAAAUAAGGAGGAACAAUGAUUCCUGCUAACAGAAAUACAGUCAGGUAUAAUAAUUAGGAAUAUAAUCGGUGAUUUGAGUUUAACCUAAUGGUCAUUUGUUUAGGGCCUUGUACUUCAGUGUGUGUAUGUUACUACACUGUGUUUGUGUCACACAAACACAGUGUAGUAACAUACACAUUUAAAACAAACUGUACAAUAUGUACAACAACUGAAUUAAGACAGAAGUUAAGAUAACAGUUUAAGUGUUUUUACCACUGACCAAAGUAGCAGCCAUCUUGAAAUCCUUGUAAA